GACGUCAUCCCAUAUCAUCGUCACCAUGUAUUUCUCUCUCUCUCUCUCUCUCCGCUACUUGCCGAGCCGCUUUCUUGGAAGCCUAUACUGUUUCGAUUGCACAGUGUAGAGGUACACGGCGGCAGACAUGAGAGAUAUAUGGCACGUUUUCGUCAGCUUCACCCCAGGCCACAGUCAUGAUUUAGCUGUUGUUGUUGUUGUUGUUUCGCACUGAGCAAAGUUGGGCCAGUUUGGAGCAGAUACUGAACAUAUACCUGAGAGAACCAUGCAGUUCACAGAAGAUCAACCUUUACUGUACUGAAAAGUGCUGGGAAAUGGCUCACAGCGUGCCAUUGCACUUCACUGCAAAAGGCCAUCGCCAAUUUCUCAAGAGAAGAAGAAAGCGGUCAUGUGGUAGAUUGGAGUAUCUCAGAGUCCCAUGCGCAGGCCAGCACGCUCCCCGCUGAAAAGAGGGUGCGGGAGGCCGCUCCUGUGUUCCCUUCCUCCAUGCUCUGGACCGCACGCCAGCCUCUUUCCCUUCGUCGCUAGAGGGCCCACUAGGCCUGGAAAGAACGAUGGCUGACAUAUGGCCUGAUAGUAGCAACAGCAGCAAGGAGAGGUCCCAGGAGACUGCACCAACCCGGAAAGCGAUGCAUGACGCCAUCGACAAAGGCGACUUCGAUGAGGUUGAAAAAUAUCUGAACGAGAACAGAGAUUUCAAACAGUGGUUGCAUCCGGACACUGGCAGAUCAGCUUUGUGUAAUGCGCGAGAGAAGAAAGAACUUAAAAUAUAUGCCCUGCUAAUGUUCCGUAACUGCAAACUUAACAAGGCGAAAGAAAAGGAAGAACUCUUCGAGGAGCUCAAUGACAUGGAGGAACGCGAGUAUCAUUACAAUUUCCAUCAGUUUUGCUACAAAUGCGAUAUUCCUGUACGACUCUUAAGUAUAAGCAACGUUUCUGCAAACAAUGACAUGUUUGGCAAAGUUAAAGAACUGUAUGAAAAACUGUACAAGAUCCCGAUGAUUGACACUAUUCUUGAAGUUGUUGCUACGGACCCCAAGUUAGAAGUAAUAUUCGACUUCGGUAGCGAAACAUUGGACCGCUUGCUAGGGAACAAACACAAAUCCAAGCAGGGCCUUACUAAAUAUCGAGAGCGAAGAAUCUAUCUUGGUGCAAAUCGGGGGGACAAUGACCUUCUAGGAACAAUGGCCCAUGAAUUUUGUCAUCAUGCCCUGCACAUGGUGUACAACAAUAAUGGACUGCCGUAUAAGCAAGAUGACCCUGUCCUCAGCCCUUCGUACCUAGGCAUUCUUGAUAACAUCAAGCGUAGCAAGAUUACGCUUCACGAUAAAAUAGCAGAGGCACUUGAUAACCCAAAGGAACUUAUCGUGCGAGUUCCGCAUAUGCUCGCUUUGAUGCAUUACGGAAAGCACGACACUCACGAGGCGCACAUGCCAACAGGAGAAGGAAAAGUGCUUCUGCAAAAACAAGUUCCGGAACUACUCGAAUUUUUUGAGAAGUAUGUUCUUGAGGACAUGAAAAAGUUCAUCACGCAAAAUAGUCCCGACAAAGAUAAUGAUGAAAUACGUGAACAAAAUCGAGAGCUUGGUAAAGCUAAGAAGACAGAGAGCCUCGGAAUACAGUUUAAGACGCCGUACGAUUUAGAAGAUUACCCAUGUCUCGUUCUUACGGCUCAAGGGUUGACCCUCCUUGAAGUGAAGAUUAACGACGCUGUUAGGUUGAAGGGACGGUCGUAUGUAUUCCUCGACCUUAUGCAAUGGGACGAUAAGCUUCAACUAGCGCUGAAGGAAAACAAGUGCCACUAUGUGGUCAUUUCGUCGAACAGCAAAGAUUACCCUGAAGAGAAAAUCCUAAUUGCGAUGAAAGAUGUGUUACGUGACUUGACUGAAUUUAGAGCCACUAAGGUGAUUGUGUUGACCCAAAACUCAGAGCAAGAUAAGUUUGUAAAAGCGAUUAAGGAUCUUUUCGGAGAUAAGGCACGGGACCUUGCUGUGCCCGACUGUGGGCUUGCCGAUGUAACAGAUCAAUGCAAAGCGUAUGUGUUCGAGUCAUGUUCUAUUCAGUUUCAAGAGGUGUGCGAACUAUCAGUUGCUAAAGUAAUGAAAUCAUGUACAGAUGGAAGACACAUAGACCUAGAUGAGGAAAUGGGCUACGACACGUUUAUAAACUUGCGUCGAGGUAUAAGAGUUGAUGUGGGACCCAAACUAAAGACGCUUGACAAACGCAUAGAUAGUUACUACCUUGAGCGCACGUGCGAACGAGUCACUCAGGUGGACUUGAGUGUCGCGUUACGUACUCUGACGAACGAGGCAUUUGCCAUCGCGGGUUCCUGUUCCGAAGCCAUCGAUGCUUUGCGUCUUCCAGGGUGCCAUGCGUGCCACCACAGCAAAGUGCAACGUUUCGAGGGAUGUGUACUGCUGGACAGCAUGGACGAUUACGAUGCACUUGCGCAAUCGUCUUUCUACAGUGGCAAGACAGUCCACCUUCUUCGGUACGAUUCAGGACUCUCACAAUACUACUGGGUCAGAUCUAAUGGACCCCUUGGACCUCUCGUGAAAGUGGUUUCUGGCGAAUGCGAGAUCUGUGACACGAAAGCGUUGAUUCAUGUCAUUCCUGAUAAGGUCGUGGCCAUUUGCGGCGCUUCAGGAAUGGGGAAAAGUGUCAUGUCAUUGCGCAUGGCAAAGGAUAUAAAAGCUCUAGAUCAAAUGACAUAUGUGCUCCAAGUAGACCUGCGAAAUCCUGAGAUUGAUUCUGUGGAUUGCAGCACUGUGGGAGGUAUGACGCUUGCUAAGUUAUGCGGCUUAGACGAGGACAGCUUCGGGUUCAAACUUCUCAACAGAAGUAUCUCCCUUUCGUCGCCAGUCAAGGUUGCCGUCAUCUUCGACGCUCUUGACGAGGUAGACGACCAACGCCGUAAAGACUUGGCAAAAUUGGUAGCUGCCUUGCGAAAAACCAGGAUUUGGAAAAUAUUUUUGUUUGGUCGGAAUUGCUCCAAGUCCGAAAUGCAAGAGAAGUUUCACACCAUACCUUUUGAAAUGCUUGGUCUCAAAGAUGAUGAGCAAGUGCAAUUUCUGAAAAUGUGUUGGAAACGAGAUCAUCGUCAAAUCGAUGAUGAGGACCCGGACGCACUCGCACAAAGUUACUUAAGAAGGUUUUCUUCGCAGGAGGAAUCUCCAAUCACGUCAAACCCGAUGCUGAUUGAAGUGAUAGCAGUUGUCCCAAAAAACUCCACCAGGUUAGAGAUCUAUGAGAAGAUCGUUGAAAUGAAGUUGACAAUUUAUCAAAACAACCUGACAGGAACAGGUGUAAGCAGAAGGCGCGUUGAUGUACGAUAUGAAGAGGACCGAGCGAGGUCGUCUUUCUACGAGACCCACGGCCUUCUCGCCAUGUCGGCCGUUUUUGACAAAGAAUUGCAAGACAAGUUGCUAAAACGAAAGGAUCGUCAGAAGCUGGAACCUGGUGGAGAGGUAAUGAAACCUCUAGUUAAGGGUUCCCUUAAGCACGGGUUUUUAGAGGGACACGACAAUGGAAUUCCUGUGUUUGAGGACAGAACAUUUGCCGAUUUUUUCGCAGCUCGUUUUCUUGCUCAGGAGAUUAAAGACGAAAAUAACGCAGAGGGUGACGUUACAACGGUAGUCAAUGGCUUGUGCGGAAGCGACAGAUAUAAAGGGGUCCUCAAUUUCUUGGAUGAAUUCAGAGCAAGAGAGCAUGUUGGAAAUAACGCACGAUAAGGAAAUGUCUGUGGAAUUUGUAAAAGAAAACGGAGACGCUCAUGGAAUGACGUGAUUGAAGUACGCCGACAGGGUGUGCGCUUGGAAAAGACACUUGGAAAGCAUAUGACACGUACUCGGCACGUUGCAGACGAUUGUUUGUCGUCUCAUUCUCAGAGCCUGCCUUCAAGUCUGUUUCGCGUUCGCUACGCAGUAUUCCUUGUGCGAAGUGUUUGUAUGUCGACAUUCGCUUGUGAGUGUGAGUUUUGAUGCGACAAUGUCUCGUGGAAUGCGUUGUUGCUUUCCUGUAUGUAUGAGCACGUUCAAGGGGAACCCAGAAGUGACAAAUCCCCAGCCGAGAGACAGCUAUACAAAACGAAAGUGGGAAGCAGCGGUCACCAGCAGAGACCAUGGCCUGCAACGACCAAUACAUGCGCAUCGUGUCUGUUCUGCACGUUCUGUGGACGAAGACUGACGCUGUGCCCACAACCUUUCCAGAAAAAAGUAUCAGCCCAGGUUUCAUUAGAAAGCUCAGGAAUGCCCCUGAAGAUGAGAUUAUUUCUUCGCAUACGAUUCUCCAAAUCAUCAACCCUUAACGACGUAAUUCCUCAGUUCUCUCUCAAUUCCUGGUAUGUGUAAUUGGACACUAUUCACCUGCUCUUUUAGGGCGUCAAGAUCAGUCUGAAACUGGGACACUUUUUUCAUGUCAGAUUCAAUAUUAGCUACCCUGUCGGUCAGUUCAGUUAGGCCCCUGGCUGUAUCACGAAGUCUGACAGAGUUUUCUUUCUGGUAUUUUGUAAUAGAUGAAGUCAAUGACUCUAUUACCGACUGUAUCUUAUCCAUGCGAUCAUGAUCACCUGGGCCGGGGUUCAUCUCAAUAUCACCAGACAGAAUCAAUAGCAAAAACAAGAAAGCACCAAUACAUCGAUCAUAAUUGCCAGUCUUAACAGAGGCUACAAACGAUAACAACAGAAAAUCGAAAACGCACAUUUCACAUUGUAUCACAAAACGGUGAGAAAAAGCAAGCGCUGAACAUUUACAUUCUUAUUUGGAGACUUGUAAUCGUUUCGCGAUCGGGGAGGAGUAGGCAGGUACAAGAACCAACGAGGUUUUAAGGAAGGCAGCGUAUAGUACUGACCUGUAUAACAAGAAGGGCGUUGAGUAACAUAUCGCUGUUUGUGCCUGCUCCAACUCCCGAUGGUGCGUUGGCGACGGUUGACUUAAGUAGUGGAAACUGUUCAUGUAAUAUGUAGUGCCGUGGGACUUGAAAAGCAGCAGAUGACGAUAAGAAGCACGCGUCAUCCAAAUAGUAGUCGAGCCAUUGUUGGUUUGCUAAUUGUUAUGCGAGCAUUAGCAAUAGAGAAACACCGGGACAACUUCCUAUUAAUGCCUGCUGAAAAUGUUGCUUAUUCAUGGGAUUGCAGUUAAAUAUACGUAUGACGUCUUAGCUGCACGUUACGGUGAACGCCAGAAUUCACAGGUCAAGGUUUCGAGCACAAAGAAACGCAGACAGCAGUCCCGACACGCACACUUCAUAACAUUGCUUGAUGAUUUUUAUUUUAUUAGACCAUCCUGAGGAGGCAGAUUUUUUUUGCAUACUUAACCUGCUACGUACAU